UGUACCUUGUGGAUAUGCGCGUAUAACAAAGAAGAUUGCCGAUGGGUUUUCGUUCAUGAAAGCUGACGAGUGGAAGUCGUGGUGCGUCAUAUACUCUCCAUUUGUUCUGAAGCAUGUGCUCCCAGCCAAGAAUCUCGAAAACUGGAUUUUGUUUGUUGACGCAUGCCGCUUACUCACAAAACCUUCGAUCAAUGACAAAGAAAUAGACGAAGCCCACAGUAAACUCCAAUUGUUUUGUACAAGAUUUCAGACACUGUAUGGAAAAUCGGCCGUGACACCGAAUAUGCAUCUACAUCUUCAUCUUGGCGAGUGUGUUCAUGACUUUGGGCCAAUUUAUGCUUUCUGGUUAUUCAGUUUCAAGAGAUACAAUGGUUUGUUGAAGAAUAUCGAAACAAAUCAAAAAGGCGGCUUUGAAUCAACAAUGAUGAAGAGAUUUUUGGAGAGAACAUACAUUGGCAGCUUCAUACAAUCUUUUGUCAACCAUCUCCCCCAGUUCGCAAUUGACUUUCUGCAUCGCAUUUCAAAUAGUCAAGAUCAAUUAGCAGCAU